AUGGGGUACAUUGAGCUUAGCGAGCGCGAUGACAGCUUCCUGAGAGAGGUAUGGGGGCUGUACAUCUUUGGCAUGCUUAUUCUGGCCCUCCGGUUCGUCAUUCGUUUGAAGACUGUCGGUAUCCGUGGCCUCAAGUGGGACGACUUGUUUGCUCUUCUUGUUACUGUUUUCUACACGAUCGACGCGGCCACUGUGCACAUCGUCUACCAUGCCGGAUCAAAUGUCGAGGGUGUGUUCCUCGAGUCUCAGAGGCCACUCUCGGACGCCGAGCUCGCCCAACUUGAGGAGGGCAGCAAGCAACAGCUCCUCGCCUGGUACUCAUACUCAAGUCUGGUGUGGUGCUUGAAGGGCACGAUGGUGUGCUUCUUCAUGCGCAUGACCACUGGUGUCGCCAACCGCAAGUCAGUGGUCUGGAUCGGCUAUGCUUGCAUCGUCACUUAUGUGGCCGUUGAGCUUACUAUCACCUUUGGCUGCUGGCCGUAUGGCGGCAACUUCCAAGUGACUCCCGAUCCUGGCACCAAGUGCACGCUGAAGCCCCAAAACUUCAUCGUCAUGACCGUCCUCAAUGUCCUCACCGACGCUGCGAUUCUCUCGAUCCCCUUGCCCCUGUUGUGGACUCUGCAGGUACCAAACCGCCAGAAGAUCGUCAUCGGCAUUCUGCUGUCGUCCGGUGUCUUCGUCAUCACUGCCGCCAUCAUCCGCAUCGUCAUUACCCUCGGCUCGGCGCCCAGUGCGCUCAACAUCAACCGCUGGGGUGUCCGCGAGACCAUUGUCGGUAUCAUCGCCGUCAACGCCCCCAUCCUGCGCCCGCUGUUCAGUAAAGCCUUCUGGACCGGCAUCCCCUUCAGCAGCGGCGGCGGCACCAAGGGCGUCACCACAACUGGCGCAGGUGGCACGCGCUCGACUGCUCCCCACGGCCCUUAUGAGCUCGCCCCCAGCGUCCACAGCCACUCCAAGCACGGCAACGACUACACGGGCAGCGAGGAGUCCAUCAUCAACAAGAGUCCCAUCAACAGCACGCACUCAGCCGGUGUCGUCGGCGCCUCGGUCGGCGGCAAGCAGCCCACGGACGGCUCCGUCGUCGUGCACACCCUGUAUCAGGUCACCGAGGGUCCCCGGUCAGGCAACUCGUCACAGUGGGACCAGGCUGGCUUCCACAAGGCUACUGCGUAUGGUGGCAAGUCUCCUGUAUAAUGCCUGUUGCUCUGCAGAAGCAGGCUCAGGCUUGUUUGAUUCAGCCAUGAUGGCUGGCGAUUGAUCAAGGACCUCGACAUAUCCAACAUCUAGAUCAUG